CCCAAAGUUUCCAUUUUGGGUAAUGACGUGUCAACCUGCCUCUGCUCCACUCUCUGUCAUUGCUUGUCAUAUAAGUUGCUGUCGUUGUCGUUCCAUUUCGCGCUUCGCGUGAGUUUCCUCGAAGGUUUUGGUGCCCAGAAACCCCACUCUCAGAAAUGGUUUCAGGGAGGAAAACACAGACGUUUAUUAUUAAUGAAAGUGCAUCUUCUUCUCCAAAUCCGUUGAGCAGCUCUGUCUCCACCAGAAAUUUGGGGAAGAGUCACCUGGGUGGGGUCAUUUUUGGUUGCAAGAACAGCACCAUAAAAGAAUGUUUCUUUAAACAACUCUUUGGGUUACCAGCUCAACACUUUUCAUAUGUGAAGAAUAUUGAUCCUGGCUUGCCCCUGUUCCUAUUCAACUACAGUGAUAGACAACUUCACGGAAUCUUUGAGGCUGCUAGCACUGGCCAAAUGAAUAUUAACCCAUAUGGCUGGACCACUGAUGGUUCAGAGAAAACAUUAUAUCCUGCACAGGUUCAGGUCCGUGUCCGCCUGCAGUGCCAACCACUUCAUGAAAACCAGUUUAAACCUAUAAUUGCUGACAACUACUACUCUCAGACCCAUUUCAGGUUUGAGCUAGACCAUGCUCAAACAAGUAGGCUCAUUUCCUUAUUAGCAUCUUUAGCGGUUGCCCCAGGUACUUCUGUAACACAGAGUGCUGCAAAGUGGAGAACUAGUUUUCAAGCUCUUCCCCAAAAUGAUGCAGGAGGGAAAGUUAACGGGUUUAAGGCACUUGCUUUGGAAAUUGAGCAUUCUAAUCACUCAAAUCAGAAAUCAGAUUCUACAGAUGUUGCUUCUUCAUUUGAUGAAGACAACCGGCCGUUGGAAGCUCAAUUAGAUGCAAAGUUAGUCGAACAAGAUGAGAAAAACGUCAUAUUAAUGAAACUGAAAGAAUUGGCUCUUCGCUGUGAACAUCAAGACUUGCCUACGUUGGGUUUUGUAGAUGAUACUGCUGUUAUGAAUGGUAUUCAAUUGGAAGACGAAACAUUUCCAAUUCUUCGCUGUGAACACCAAGACUUGCCUAUGUUGGGUUUUGCAGAUGAUACUGCUGUUAUGAGUGGUAUUCAAUUGGAAGACAAAACAUUUCAAGGGAAGCCAACAGGUGUAGAAGAGGAAAAAGAAGAGAGCCCUCAUUCAUCAGCUGAGUGUCAGUCAACCAUAGCUCAGUUGAGUCAAGAGGUGCAAGAGCUAAAGGCUUUUAUUGCAGAACAAACUCAGAAGAUGGGUAUUUUGGAGCAGAAGCUGAUGGAGGCUGAAAUAGAAAUUCAGCAGUUGAAAGAUUCUUGUGUGACAUUGGAACCUGUACCCAAUCCUACUGAGGCACUUGUUAAUGAGAUGGUUAUUGAGGCAGUUGAUGAGCUCCAUUUGGAUCCUAAUGAGUCAAUAUUUCUAGUCGGAGGAUAUGACGGUGAAUCGUGGAUGGCAGCAUUUGAUACUUACUAUCCUUCUCAGGAUGUGAUAAAAUCUCUUAGGCCAAUGAGCUCUAUCCGUUCAUAUGCUUCAGUUGCACAGUUGAAUGGUGAGCUUUACGUAUUUGGUGGUGGAGAUGGUUAUAUGUGGUAUGACACAGUUGAGUCAUACAGCCCAGCUAAUGAUCAGUGGACCUUGCGCCCUUCACUGAAUCAAAAAAAGGGAAGUUUAGCCGGAGCUACUCUAGAUAACAAAAUAUUUUCCAUUGGUGGGGGGAAUGGUGUCGAAAUUUUUUCAGAUGUUGAAAUGCUUGAUUUAGACAUUGGAAGAUGGAUCCCAACGCAGUCAAUGUUACAAAAGCGGUUCGCUCUUGCUGUAGUGGAACUGAAUGGAGUGCUUUAUGCUACUGGUGGAUAUGAUGGGAACGAUUACUUGAAGUCUGCUGAGAGAUUUGACCCCAGAGAACAUUCUUGGACCAGAAUUGCGAGUAUGAGUACAAAGAGGGGCUCCCAUUCCCUGGUUGUUUUGAAUGAAAAACUAUAUGCUCUGGGUGGAUAUGAUGGAAGUGCAAUGGUUCCAAGUGUGGAAAUAUUUGAUCCACGUCUCGAAUCAUGGAUGACUGGGGAACCAAUGAAAAACCCGAGGGGGUAUGCUGCCGUUGGUGUUGUCAAUGAAUCUAUCUAUGUAAUUGGAGGGAUUCAAGUUUGCCAAAACAUUGUUGACACAAUUGAAACUUACAAGGAUGGUCAGGGUUGGCAGGAAACCCCCACAAGGGCCAUUGGGAAAAGGUGCUUCCUGUCAGCUUUUGCUUAUAAUCAGAUAUGAAAGGAGGCUUCACGUAGUUGAUAUUAUUCAAGUUUAUAGAAGAAGCUGCUAAUUGAUAUGAUGGCCAUUGACAUAGGCAACUUCGUCUCAGCCUUUUUUUGAGUAGAUUUUAUGGGAUGGAAAUGCACAUGCGGAAGAAAUGUUCUGGAUUGCAUAUGAAUCUUUAUCUGAAUCAAUUUAGGGGCCAUCAGUUUUUGGGGCUUCUAAUAUUUUUGAAUAUUUUAAUGCCCUAUUAAAUCUUGAAGUUUAGUAAGAAACACCAUCAAUUUGUUCGGAGUUUUGUCA